AUGACUUUCUCAGGAACCUCUGACGCUCUCGCGAAGCGUGCAGGAGGAGGACACGAGGAUCCCACCGCUGGCCUCGAGAACAUCGACGUGCAAAACUACCUGGGCCGCAUCUGGUGGUGCUUUGUAGUCGUCUUCGCCCUGUACCAGAUCAUCCUCUACUUCGUCCGCUACGUCCGCACUGUAUCAUGCCUCAACAACGACACGCAGCGUUACUUUUCCAUCCCCAACCGCCUGUAUGCUCGCUUCAAGAAGUCGUGCCUUGAUGCACCCCUCUGGCGCACUCGUCACCACCGCGAGUUCAAGAUGUCGGCUGCCAUCAACGUGGGAACCCUGCCCAGCCGUCUGCAGACCUUCUUCCUCGUUGGCUACCUCGCAGUCAACAUCGGCUUCUGCGUCUGGAAGAUCGACUACAGCAGCUUCUCUGCAGGUGCUAGCGAGCUUGUCAGCCGUUCGGGCGUCAUGGCCGUCAUCAACAUGAUUCCCCUCUUCCUGCUGGCCGGCCGCAACAACCCAGUCAUCAAGCUCACCGGCAUCUCUUUCGACACCAUGAACCUGAUCCACCGCUGGUUUGGACGGAUUGUCAUCCUCGAGGCCCUUGCCCACACCAUCAGCUGGAUGGCCAACAAGGUUCAGACCAAGGGCUGGUCUGCUGUCCAGGCAUCCAUCACCGGUAGCGAGUUCAUCAUGACCGGUUUCAUCGGCACUUGUGCAUUCACCUUCCUCCUCCUGCAGUCGCCGUCGCCUGUGCGCCACUCGUUCUACGAGGUUUUCUUGCACGGCCACAUUGUCGGCGCCGCGCUUGCGCUUGGUGCCGUGUGGGUUCACCUGAAGGAGCGCCCGCAGCAGCUGAUGCUGUACGGAGUUGUUGCCAUCUGGGCCGCCGAGCGCUUCAUGCGCUUUGCCCGUCUCAUCGUCAACAACGUCGGCAACGGUGGUUCCUCGGCUGAUGUCGAGGUCCUGCCCGGCGACGCUCUCCGUAUCACCGUCAAGAUGGCCCGUCCAUGGAGCUUCCGUCCCGGCCAACACGCCUACCUCUACAUGCCAUCCAUUGGUCUCUGGACAAACCACCCCUUCUCCAUCGCUUGGAGCGAGGAGGAAGAGGACCCCCACCACGUCGACGAGAAGAGCCUCCCCAUGAACAGCGCCGACCUUGCCCUGCAGAAGUCCAAGACCACCAUGUCCUUUAUCGUUCGCCGACGCACGGGCUUCACCGACAAGCUCUUCCGCAAGGCUGACCUCUCCGCCUCUGGCCGCUUCUCCACCACCUGCUACGCCGAGGGCCCGUACGGUGGUGAGGACCUCAGCUCGUAUGGCACAGUCAUGCUGUGGGCUGCAGGUAUUGGUAUCACUCACCAGGUGCCUCACGUUCGUGAUAUCGUCGCCGGCUAUGCCAACGGCACCGUCGCCACUCGCCGCCUCACCCUCGUCUGGAUCAUCCAGUCUCCUGAGCACCUUGAGUGGAUCCGAUCGUGGAUGACCCAGAUCCUCUCCAUGCCGCGCCGCCGCGAGAUCCUGAAGAUUCUUCUCUUCGUCACACGCCCUCGCAGCACAAAAGAGAUCCACUCGCCCUCGUCGAGUGUCCAGAUGUUCCCCGGCAGGCCUAACGUCCAGAGUCUUGUCGACCAGGAGAUGCAGGAGGGCAUUGGCGCUGCCUGUGUCACCACGUGCGGUACCGGUGGUCUCGCUGACGAGCUGCGCCGCGCCGUACGCAACCGCGAGCUGAACUGGAACGUCGACUUCCGCGAGGAAUCCUUCUCGUGGUAA